GCAAAAAUUGUCGACCUUUACCCAGUAAACACCUCCCUGCCUGAAUAAAGUCUCUACACCAUUUCGAGCUACUCUAUAUGCAUCUUCAAUGAAGCUGAUGACAAUCGUUGAUUGAAUCUGCCAGGAAGAGAAAACAAUAGAUGUAGAAAUGUCAAACUGUUUGCGAGAAUUUCUGGGUUCUUCAGCAACAAGAGGCUUGCGGGCAUUGACAAAGCAGGGAACCGAUACUUUACUAGGAAAGAGGAGACCGAUGGAAUCAUGAAGGAGAAAGAUGGGUGGUGUUCAAGUGAGAGGAAGAACCAUUCUCCAUCCUAGAUGAAUAGAUAUGUUGGUUGCAUGGUCAGCAGAAGAAAGCUCCUACUCCUGAGGAAAUUCUGGAACUUGAAGCAAGAGGUGAACAUGUUAGGGUUAAUGUUGCACGUAUGACAGUUACUUGUUUUACUUUUAUUUCUGCAUUUUCUGAUAAAUGAUGUUACUUUGGCUCUUUCUAACAACAUGUGUUAUGUUUGCUCACUAAUUUAAAUUUUCCUAGCUGAAAUCAAUCUUGAAUUAUGUUUAUUAAAAGGUUGCCCUUUGAAUCUCAAAAACAAUGCCUUAAGUGUGGCAGAUGAAUUUCAGGGGUACCAUGGUACAGUCUUGUCAUGUAUUGCACUCUUCUUAUGUGGAUGUCUCUUUAACGUCAAUAAAAUUCUUGAUGUUGAAAAAGAAAUGAGAGGUAACCUUUUAGGCUGGAAAGAUUUCUUGUCACAAGGCUUUCAUAUUUGGGUAAUUGCAAAUUUUUUAACCCAUGACUCUCUGGUUUCUCCAUGUUAAUUCCAUUGAUGAUCAUGCCAUUUUUCAUUUAGUGUUUUAACUUCUUGCCUUUACAUUUUCCAUUGUCUAUACAAAGAUCAUAAAACAUGUUUUGGUUGUGCUUAGUUCUAAAGAAAGAAGAAGAGGAAAGGACAGCCGAGGAAGGCUCAACCCAGAAAGUCUUGAGCUCUGGUAAAGUUGCAGGUCCAGACUUGAAAAGUUUCAUUUGCCAAUUUCCAUCUGCAUCCUCAGAAGAUGACAAACUUGAGGAGGCAUCUGACACAAGGCCACAAGAGAAAGAGGCUGAGGAAGAACAACUGUCGCCAAUGUCUACAGAACCAACAGGAUCUGGUGCAUCCUAUAGACCAGGGACCUGGCAACCGCCAAUAUGAUAAAUCUAAACAUCUCAUGGACCUCACCUGUACCCAUUUCAUGGCCCUCUUAAUAUGAGCACAUGGCUUGUCACUUUAAUCCCUAAGACAAUUUCUCCAAGUGAUAAACAACAUCAUUAUCUGGUAUAUAGGAAAAAAACAUCAUCAUCUGGUGAAAUCCCAUGUUUCAAGCUUACAUGCUGUUUUGCAACUAUUUUCUGAGAUCAACAGUAGGAAUCGCUUGAGAUUAGAUCUUAAACCUUUACGCAUUAUUAUAUGGUAUGAGUUCCACCACUAGAAAUUGUAGAACCCUUUUUAUCUAACUUUGAAUAUGCAAUGUUCCAAUGUACAUUGUGUUUAUUAACUAUUUCAAUGUACGAACUUGCUCCUGUGCAGGUGGAAUUGGCCUACUUGGAUCAUGGUGUCAUUCUUCCAUACGAUGUUAUCCUGAUCAGAAACUAACAAAGCAGUUAGCCAAAUUGACUUCAGAUGGAUACACUAGGAUAAGAAUGUUCCUUCCAAGUUAUAUUUUUCUUCCCUUAAUGCAAUACUAAGCCAAAAUAUGCUAACAAUGUAAGGAUUAUCUUCCUUUUGACAGAAAUGAGAGAAGCUUCACUAUUUGUUCCUUCUUGGAAACGUUCCACCGAAUCCAUUUCCUUUGGCCUUCCCAAUUUCUGCCUUGAUUUGCUUCACAAAUAUCAAAACCGCGUCUGUUACAUUAUUUGAACCCAACUCAUUGUCUUCACUUGACUGCAAUUCCUUCACAACUUUGACAACCUCCCACUUUGCCACUUGUCACUUGUCCUUAUUCCCCCUGGGGUCCAACGUUUGUGGAAGUUCUAAGACGAUGAUCGUAUGGCGUAGAAAUCGUCGUC